UAUCGACCAGCCUUUUCGCGUCUACCCAUAUAUCAUCGAACUUUCACGUAUCGUAUCGAGACAAACUCUCAGAGGUUCGCAAAAUGUCGCGUCGAAUUCUAGCAGCUUUGUCUGCUAUCAUGCUCUUUCUGUGUGGUGUUCAGAGCCACAUGGUGAUGAACACUCCUGUCCCGUACAAUCUGGAUAUCGCGCCGCUUCUCCAGGUUGAUCCCAUCAGCGGCGGUAAGCACCCCUUCCCUUGCCAUAACCACUACGGCUUCUCGUCGCGUACCCAGGUCGAGGCUGGCGGAUUGACCCUCGUCAACUUCACUGGUGGUGGCCAGCAUGGCGGCGGCUCGUGCCAGUUCAGCAUCACCUACGAUGAGCCGACCGGUGGAGGAGACUGGAACAAGUCAGCCAAAUUUAAAACCAUCUACAGCAUCAUCGGAGGCUGCCCGGCGGUAUUCACCGAUGAACGAUUUAACCUCCCCGUGAUCGGACAGGACAAGAACAUGCGCCAGGACAGCAAGCAUUGUGGUGACGACAAAGGCAUUGACUGCAUCCGACAGUUCAUGAUUCCCAUUCCGAAGUUCCUCAAGAACGGGCCUGCCACCUUUGCCUGGACUUGGUUCAACAAGAUUGGAAACAGGGAGAUGAACUGUGCCCCGGUCGAUAUCACGGGCGGAACCGGCGAUCAGAAGCUCAUCGAUGAGCUGCCUGACAUCUUCAUUGCCAACUACCCCGGCGACCUCGACGUGCCCAACUGCGUAACCGGUACAAGCGCGAACGAAGUCAUUGUCAAUUUCCCCAACCCAGGUAAAUACGGCCGUGUCCUGGUGCCGCCUGUUGAGCCUGCGGUAAAGCCACCCAACUACUGCUCCCAGAUUCCGCCUGCCUCGUCGCUGCCCACGUUCGUGGAGGACUCCGGUAGCGCCUCAAGCAGUGAGAGCACAGGCUCAUCACUUUUCACAAGCUCUUCAUUCAGCAGUACGGUCUCAAGAAGCGAGAGUGCAAGCUCAUCCCUUCCUGCAAGCUCUUCGCCCAGCAGCACCGUCUCAAGCAUCAAGAGCACGAGCUCGUCAUCCGCUGAUGCAUGCUCUGACUCUCUUCUCACCAGCAGCUUGCCCCCAACGGCGGAGAGCGGUCGGCUCACCAUCCGAACCAGUACCGUGACAGUAACCGUCACAAGUACCCUCUCGCAGUCCGGCCCCGGCUGCAGCGUCACGGAGACAAUGAGCAGGGCCUCUGGAUCCUUGGUGGUAGUCCCAGUCGUAGCCAACACGACAACAGGCGUGAUCGCCAAAGAGACUAUCAAAAGCACAGUCACUUCACAGGUCUAUACAACAGCCACCACUCCAUUCUCCCCCACUGGCCCGACUACGUCAACCUCAGCCACCAUCUCCGUGUUUAUCAGCUUCCCAACUCAAACCCCGCAGAUCACCACCGGUCCCAUGUCUGUGCCUAAGCCGAACGACAAGGCAAUUCCCUGCUCAAACCAUGGCCAGGUGAUUUGCAUUGGUGAGAGCCAGUUUGGCGUCUGCAACUGGGGCUGGGCAAUUCCACAGGACCUGGCAAAGGGCACGCGCUGUGUCGAUGGGAAGGUGAUGCCCAAGAGGGAUGAUGGCGCCGGAGUGGCUCGCGGCGGUUGGUGGAGUCCUUUCACUGCCUGAUGCCUGAUGGAGGCCUUUACCCACGAGGAAGGAUGUGGUUUGAGGUGAAGAGAAAGGCUGGAUCGGGCGGUUGUCAGUGUCCUGAUGUGUCCAU